UCUCAGUGUGUGUUUGACUGAGCAAGCCAUCCUGUGUUGAUACUGAUUGUUCGAGUAAGUAGGAAUCAGGCACCGGAGUACCAGAGCAACAUCGAUCGCAGUGUCCGAUCUUAACACUUGAGUGUCCCGACCGAGCGACUCGUGUCUCUCUGGAUCUGGACCAUGAGCCAGCCUCAGCCGGACGAGUUUAAGCCGCCUCCGGAGUGCCCGGUCUUCGAGCCCAGCUGGGAGGAAUUCACCGAUCCAUUCGCUUUUAUCAAUAAGAUUCGUCCGAUCGCGGAGAAAACAGGCAUCUGUAAAAUCCGACCGCCGCCGGACUGGCAGCCUCCAUUUGCAUGUGACGUCGACAGACUUCAUUUCACUCCGCGGAUCCAGAGACUCAACGAGUUAGAGGCACAGACGAGGGUCAGACUCAAUUUUCUGGACCAGAUUGCUAAGUUCUGGGAGCUUCAGGGAUGCACUCUUAAAAUUCCACACGUAGAGCGAAAGAUACUAGAUCUAUACCACUUAAAUAAGCUGGUUUCAGAUGAGGGAGGUUUUGAUACCGUAUGUAAGGAGCGCAGAUGGACAAAGAUAGCCAUGGCAAUGGGCUUUGCGCCUGGCAAGGCAGUAGGAUCACACCUGCGUGCUCACUACGAAAGAGUCCUCUACCCCUACAACCUCUUCCUGUCUGGGGCCAACCUGCUGGCUCCAGAGUUAGCUGCCAAACUGAUGAGUUUUGGGGCACCUCCUGAGCAGAAGAAGUUCGUUCAGAAGCCCUCCCUCCCGGAAAAUGGUGAUGAUAAAGAAUAUAAACCUCACGAUCUGGUGCAAAGGCAAAAGGUGCAGGUGCAACCCAGCGAUACAUGCACGCCUGCCAGGAGAGCCAAGCGGAUGAAAGCUGAGUCUGGCUGUGGGAAAUCAGAAGGGUGUGCAGGUGGAGAGGUGUGUGAGAACAGGCCCAAUCUCAGGAGACGGAUGGGCUCUUUUGUAGCAAAACCUGAACCAGUAAAGGAAGUACCCAUUCAGAUUAAACAGGAGCCUGUGGAGAGAGACCUGCAAACUGAGCCAGAGAAAACCAAAAUGCGCUAUAAGAAAGGCACUCCACAACCACCCGUCAGCGUAGUGGACCUGUAUGUGUGUUUGGUAUGCGGGAGUGGUAGCGAUGAGGAUAGGCUGUUGCUAUGCGACGGUUGUGAUGACAGCUAUCACACUUUCUGCUUGAUCCCACCCCUUCCUGAUGUACCUAAGGGUGACUGGAGGUGCCCCAAGUGUCUGGCACAGGCUCCAGAGUUAGCUGCCAAACUGAUGAGUUUUGGGGCAGCUCCUGAGCAGAAGAAGGAAUGCAGUAAGCCACAGCAGGCAUUUGGCUUCGAGCAGGCGCGCAGAGAAUACACCCUCAAAACGUUUGGGGACAUGGCUGACUCGUUUAAGUCUGACUACUUCAACAUGCCUGUUCAUAUGGUGCCCACUGAGCUGGUAGAGAAAGAGUUUUGGCGGUUGGUGGCCACUAUCACAGAGGAUGUGACCGUAGAGUACGGAGCCGAUAUUGCAUCCAAGGAGUUCGGCAGUGGCUUUCCCAUUAGAGGCAGCAAGUUCAAGGUUGCACCACAAGACGAGAAGUACUUGAACUGUGGUUGGAAUCUUAAUAACAUGGCGAUGAUGGCGCCGUCCGUGCUGACCCACGUGACAGCUGAUAUAUGUGGCAUGACCCUGCCCUGGCUGUAUGUGGGCAUGUGCUUCUCCUCUUUCUGUUGGCAUAUCGAGGACCACUGGAGCUACUCCAUUAACUACCUGCAUUGGGGAGAGCCCAAGACAUGGUAUGGAGCUCCAGGAUUUGCUGCUGAGCAGCUGGAGGCAGUGAUGAAGAAGCUGGCACCUGAGCUAUUUGAGUCUCAGCCAGAUCUUUUACACCAGCUUGUUACCAUCAUGAACCCUAACACGCUUAUGGCCCACGGAGUACCAAUUUACAGGACCAAUCAGUGUGCAGGAGAGUUCGUAAUCACAUUCCCAAGAGCCUACCACAGUGGUUUUAAUCAGGGCUUCAACUUUGCAGAGGCUGUCAACUUCUGCACCGUGGACUGGAUACCCUUGGGCCGUCAGUGUGUGGAUCACUACCGCUUGCUGAAUCGUUACUGUGUGUUCUCACACGACGAGAUGAUCUGUAACAUGGGUGUCAAAGCUGAUCAGUUGGAUGUGGUUCUGGCUUCAGCCGUGCACAAAGACAUUGUGCAAAUGAUCAAUGAAGAGAGGGAACUCCGAGAGCAAAUCCACAAAUUGGGAGUGGUGCAGUGCGAGUUGUUUGAAUAUGAUUUCCUGCAGGACGAUGAGAGACAGUGUCUUAAAUGUCGCACCACCUGCUACCUGUCUGCUCUCACCUGUCCGUGUCGACCGGGUGAGCAGGUGUGUCUACACCACGUUCACCAGCUCUGCUCCUGCCCUCCCUCCAAAUACACACUGAGGUACCGCUUCACUCUGGAUGACCUCUACCCCAUGAUGAAUGCUGUGAAGCAAAGGGCUGACUCGUAUGACGACUGGGCAUCACGUGUUACUGAGGUCCUUGAGGCCAAACUAGACAAAAAGCGCAACCUGUCUGUGUUCCAUUCUCUGCUCGAGGAGUCCGAUACGAAUGGAUUUCCAGAUAAUGAUCUGUUGCGUCAUCUGAGAGUGGUCACUCAGGAUGCAGACAGAUGUUCGUCUGUGGCACAGCAGCUUCUCAAUGGCAAGAGACAGACCAGGUAUCGUGCUGGUGGGGGUAAAACCCAGAACCAGUUGACUGUAGAGGAAAUGAGGUCAUUUGUGCGUCAGCUUUAUAACUUGCCCUGCAGUCUAAUCCAAGCACCGUUACUGAAGGAGCUGCUGAACCGUAUUGAGGAUUUCCAGGCACACAGUGAGAAAGUUCUGUCUGAUGCUGUGAGUGCAGAUUCUGUGGUGGAGAUUCAGGCCCUUCUAGAUGAGAGCUCCGAGUUCGACGUGCAUCUGCCAGAGGCUCCUCGGCUACGGGAGCGUCUGGAGAUCGCUCGCUGGUUAGCAGCGGUGCGUCAAGCUGAGGAUUCAGGCAGCAGUGCCCGUGGCCUCACUCUGGACGCUAUGCGGCAGCUGAUCGACCGCGCUGUUGGCUUAACUUCCGACCCUGCGAUAGAGCGUGCCAUGGCUCGCCUGCAGGAGCUGCUCACUGUGUCUGAGCAGUGGGAGGAGAAAGCACAGGAGCUGCUGAAAGCCAGACCUCCACAGAGUGUGGAAUCUCUGACUGCCAUUCUGAAAGAGACUGAGGCCGUUCCUACGUACCUGCCCAACUGUCUGUUGCUGCGAGACGCCAUUAACAGAGCCACAGAGUGGCUGAAGGAGGCUGAGGCUGUGCAGUUGGGAGGGCGUGUCCCUGUGUUGGACACACUGUCCGACUUGGUGCUGAGGGCCCGUGCGAUUCCCGUGCAGCUGGAGCCACUGGAGAGGUUGGAGGCGCUCGUCUCUGAGGUGCAGGCGUGGAAGGAGUCCGCAGCCAAAACUUUUCUCCUGAAAAACUCCUCUUUUACCCUGCUGGAGGUGUUGUGUCCGCGGUGUGAGGUGGGAAACUCUCUCAAAAGGAAGAUGAAGAAGACAAAGGGAGAUACAGUGUCAUGUGGGAAAAAGAGAACGGGGAGACUGGACAAUCUCAGUGAUGUAGAGAAAUCCCUGUCAGAGAGUAAAGACUCGGCUUCUGCUAUGGCGACUCUCGCUGAAGUCCGUUUGAAGGAGCUGGAGUCCUUGGCGCCUCUCCGUGCAGCUAACGAGUCUAAACUCCUCCCAGCAGCCGACUGCGGCGCACUCAAAGCGUGCGUGUGUCAGAAGUCUCCCAUGGGUGCCAUGCGUCAGUGCGAGUUGUGUCGCGAUGCUUUCCACAGCGUGUGUGUACGUGGACAGGGGGACCCUUGUGAGUCCGAGCCCUGGUUGUGUCCUUUGUGUCGGCGUUCAGCGAAACCGGCUUUAGACAGGAUCGUGCCACUGAUGGCGUCUCUGCAGAGGAUCCGCGUGCGUUUACCAGAGGGAGAUGCGCUGCGUUAUAUGAUCGAACGCACAGUGGACUGGCAGCGGCGAGCACGGGAGGUCAUUGCUUCAUAUAACCUUCCAACGACCGUUCAGGAGCACCAGGGAAGGCGCUGGGCAGGGGAAAGCAGUACGAAGGGUCAGGACUGGAGCAAGUACAGUCAGGAGCAGUCUGUCUUUUACAUAGAGCAGCGCUGCAUCCCUCUGCAGGGUCUGAGUACAGAGCUGGAGGAGCUGAUGGUAGAAGGAUUAUUGCUGCAGGUGUCACUGCCUGAGACUCAACAGCUGUACAUGCUACUACUAAACGGCCCCCCAGCCCAGUGCAGUCCACAGCAUACACACCCAGCAACUGACAGCCCACAACACACCCCCUACCACACUCAGGAACACACUUCACCACACAAAGAGAGGGACUCGGUGACCCCAGCGGAAAAGAAAGCGAAGCGGCGGAUGGAGAAAGAAGAGACGGAGCUGAAGAUCGACGUGAGGGAUCGAGGGAGCCCGAAAAGAAAGAAGCAGCGGAUGAGAAGGGAGAAGCGGAAAGAGAGGAAAGCAGCUUCGGUAUCUGCGUCACCGAUUUACCUGUCCGAUCUAUCCCAGUCGGACGACUCGGAGGAGGACAUGGUCCUCUGCCCAGCUGAGAGCUGCCUUCAGCCAGCUGGAGAUGAGGUGUUCUGGGUGCAGUGUGACUGCUGUAACAAGUGGUUUCACAUGAUCUGUGUAGGCGUUUCUGAAAAGAUAGCAGCCGAGGAAGACUACAUGUGCGUCACCUGCAGCGCACGUUAACACAGGCUAGCGCCAGAAAUGAGACGGCGUGUAGAAGAGGAGCCGAGGCCUAGGAGGAGAACUACAAGUUCAUCUCCCCUUUUAUCCCUUUUGUACUAUCCUUUUCCUGGUUGUGUAACUGAUUGUUCCCAACACCCUCUGACCUCUGACCUUUGUAACAACGGUGCUAUUUCCUCUUUUUUUGGUUUUGGUUUUGGAUUUUGGUUUUGGUUUUUGUUCUGAAUGAUGCUAUUUGGUCAUUUGUUUUUGUAUUUUUACAACUUUUCUCCUUCUAUUUGAACUGUGUGUGGUUGUCUAAAAAUACAAAUAUGCUAAACGAAAAGCGUUACGUAGUAGAGUGUGGGGCACCCAGCAUGGGUUUCUGAUCCGUUGCGUUGUCGACAAUGAGAGCGAGGUCAUUUUGUUCGAAGCAUGUGAAAAAACAAAUAUAAAAGGGUUUCUUGUUUCUCGGGGACUUCUGCAUGCUGAACACAAGAACGCAGAACACAAAAAAAAUUUUUGUACCAAAUAUCUACAGUAAACAAAUAAGAAAUGAAAACUUGUUUUUGGAAAACCCGCUGUUAGUACACAUGCAUCUGGGGAUAAUAUAAUUUCUUUGUUAUUUCCGUUUUCAUUUUGUAGACUAGUUUUAUUUAUCUGAGCAAUAAUGUCAGUAAGCAUCUGGAGACUUAGAGUGUGUAUGAACUGUGUGCUGCUGCUUUAGAGGUGAUGGUUGGUUGUACAUGAAGUGUAAAGCAUAGAUGGUACAGUUUGGGUUGGUGAUUAGUGAUGUAGCAGCCAGAGAGACGUGUAUAAAAGAAACUGCCACACAACUCACGUAGGCCAUUUUGUGGGGUGGGAGGAUGGAGACGGCCGCCGGGUUUAAGCUUGUUUAAAAUGUCCCAGUUUAUAGUGUGGAAUAAAAGCCCUUUUGUCUAAUA